AUGAAGGGUCCAGAUGGAGAGAUGAAGGGUCCGGAUGGAGAGAUGAAAAGUCAGCAAGCAAAGGAGUGUAGUAGUGCUGAAAUCAAAUUCAAACUCAAGUCUUGUACUGAGUACCCUGACCUGAACUUCAGAAUCCCACCACCAACAGCGCAGUGCAAAACAUUCCGUAUCAGGGCAUUCCGCUAUGUUCAAGUUAUAAUAUUUGCAGUCAAUGAAAUAAACAACAAUAAGAAGCUCUUACCAAAUAUUACACUUGGAUUCAGUCUCUAUGAUGGCUGCUUUUCUGAAAUCAGGGCCCUAGAGAGCACUCUCCGCCUACUGACAGGACAGCAGCAGGCUGUUCCUAACUACAGCUGUAAGUCAGGGGCAUUAAUACCAGGAUUUGUUGGAGAUGAGGGAGCACCGUCUGCACUUCCCAUGGCUAGAGUCCUAGGGAUAUAUAGGUAUCCACAGAUAAGCUUUGGUGCAGCUCGUACUUUGCUCAGUGACAAGAUCCAGUUUCCUUCUUUCUUUCGCACUGUUGCCCCAGAUAUAAAUCAGGCCCAUGGUAUGGCUAAAAUGAUGAAAUACUUUGGAUGGAGCUGGGUAGGAAUCAUUGGUGCAGGUACUGACAAUAAUAUAGAGUCUCUCAUGAAUUUAAAGAAUGAAAUUUUGAAAACAGGUACCUGUAUUGAGUUUCUUGAAGUCAUCUCUAUUAAAAACACCUAUACCAGUGUCCUUCAGAUAAUUGAUACAAUCCAGAAAUCAACAGCAAAAAUCAUUUUAAACUAUGCAACUGUGCAGUAUGCAAUCCCUGUCAUUGAAGAGGCUGCCAGCCAAAAUGUUACAGGCAAGGUUUGGAUUGCACCUACAUAUUGGUCAAUUUCUCCAGACUUGUCAAAAAAGAUCAAAGAUGCUCUCAAUGGUUCAGUAGGAUUUGCAGUUCACAGAGGCCUAAUCCCAGGCUUCAAGGAAUUCCUUUAUAAUGUUCACCCCAGCAAAUUUCCUGAUGACCCUUUUGUGAAAAGAUUUUGGGAAGAGGCAUUCUUCUGCAAGUGGCAAGGCCCUGAAAAUCAACAGUCAUCAUCAUAUAUGGCAAGGGGUGAUCUCUUUCCAUGUACUGGGGAGGAGAAACCUGAUACUUUGGACACUACAUUGUUUGAUGUGAAUAAUUUCAGAUUUACCUAUGCUGUUUACAAUGCUGUAUAUUCAUUUGCAUAUGCCUUAUAUAAUCUACAGAAAUGCAAGCAGAAUGAAGGGCCAUUUAACAAUGGCAGCUGCAAUUCCCACAGGAACUUCCGGCCAUGGCAGAUCUUCCACUACAUGAAAAGUACACGAUUUGUUAACAGUGGCGGAGAAGAGAUAUUUUAUGAUAAAUAUGGCGACUCCCCUGCAAUUUAUGAUAUUCAGAACUGGCAGGUACUUAUUGAUGGUUCUGGAAGGUAUGUCAAGGUUGGUGUGUACAACUCCAGUGCAGAGUCUGGUCAAGAACUUACAAUCAAGUCUAGCGAUAUCCUUUGGAGUGAAGACUUUCCAGUGACUCCUCGCUCAGUGUGUAGUGAAAGCUGCCCUCCAGGACAUCGAAUGGCUGUACAGGAAGGAAAGCCAGUUUGCUGCUUUGACUGUGUUCCCUGUCCUAUUGGUGAAAUUACCAACCAAUCAGAUGCCACAGAAUGCAUAAGAUGCCUAGAAGACAAGUGGCACAAUGCAAAACAUACAGACUGUAUAUCCAAAGUUGUAGAAUUUCUUUCAUAUGAAGAACCUUUAGGAGUCUCUUUGACUUUUUCCGCAAUUUGCUUUUCUGUCAUUAGUACUUUCAUUUUGGGUCUAUUUGCUACAAACAGAGACACUCCAAUUGUAAAAGCCAACAAUCGUGAAGUCAGCUACAUUCUCUUGGCAUCUCUAAGCUUGUGUUUCCUCUCUUCCCUCAUAUUCAUUGGAGAGCCCAAGAAGAUGAGCUGUUUGCUGAGACAGACAGGAUUCGGCAUCAUAUUUUCUGUCUGUGUAUCUUCCAUUUUGGCAAAGACCAUUAUUGUUGUCAUUGCUUUCAAAGCUACUGUGCCCAACAGCAAUCUAAGAAAAUGGGUUGGACUGAAAACACCAGUCACAAUUAUACUUUUCUGCUCACUAAUCCAAGUUAUUAUAUGUACUGUUUGGAUCACUAGUGCUCCAUCUUUUCCUGAGAGAAAUAUGAAAUCACAAGAUGGAAAGAUAAUACUUCAGUGUAAUGAAGGCUCCAUUGCAAUAUUCUAUUGCAUGCUGGGAUAUCUUUUUUUUCUAGCAUCUGUAAGUUUUAUUGUUGCUUUCCUUGUUAGGAAUCUACCAGACAGCUUUAAUGAGGCCAAGUUUAUUACAUUCAGCAUGUUGGUAUUUACCAGUGUUUGGAUUUCUUUCAUUCCAGCUUACCUUAGUACAACAGGGAAGUACAUGGUCGCAGUAGAAGUAUUUGCCAUUUUGGCUUCAAGUGCUGGGCUUUUAGUCUGCAUAUUUUUUCCAAAGUGCUACAUCAUUUUGUUACAGCCAAAUCUGAACACAAAGGAAAUGGUAGGAAAAGGAAAUGUAGCCCAUAAGAAGUAA